AUGCAUCCAGAUCUAGCAGAUCGGUUAGUGGACUCCAGUCAUUAUCACGCGAAGAUGCUUCAAGUCGUAGAACCCAGACCUCAUCAUAAAAGAUGUUCCACAAUAGUCCUCCCAAGACGAAGCUCUCUAUAUACAAAAAUGUCAAGUCACGGGAAUGAUGGUCAGACAACGCAAAAGAAGGGCACCUGGGAUCCUGCCAACAUGCAUAAGGCCGUGGAAAAGGUACUGAAUCAUAAAAUAAGUGCUCGUCAAGCCGCAGAACGCUAUCAGGUACCACGAUCUACUUUGAAUGAUAGAGUUAGAGCUAUUAAAAGUAAUAAAGAGAUGUCUAUUGAGCCAGUUAUGGGUCGUUUUCACAAUACUUUUGCACCAGAACAUGAAGAAAUAUUGGCAUCGCAUGUUAAAGACUUGGCCAACAGGCUAAUGCCUUUAAACAGACAAGAAUUUUUACGUCUCGCUUUCCAACUGGCCGAGAAAUUAAAGUUACCUCACCAGUUCAAUAAAGAGAAACAAUCUGCAGGGAAAAAUUACUAUUAUUCGUUUAUGAAAAGACAUAGUGACUUAUCAUUGCGAACUGCUGAAUCAACGAGUUUAAUGAGAGCAGUAGGAUUUAACAGGCCUCAGGUUAUGCGAUUCUUUGAUGGUCUUGAGACUUUGAUGGAGAGAUUUAAAUUCACACCUUAUAAAAUAUGGAACUGUGAUGAGACUGGAGUUAGCAUUGUUCAAAAACAUGCUAAAGUGUUAGCUACUAAAAACCAAAGGCAAGUCGGAAAGCUUACGUCAGCAGAACGUGGAAAGAACGUUACAGUGCUUUUUGCAAUGAGCGCUGGAGGUGAAGCUCAACCAAACGGCUGGAUGAAUGCCGAAUUAUUUUUGAAAUGGAUGCAACACUUUGUGCAAUAUUCUAAUCCAACAGCCCAGAAUCCCGUACUCUUGAUUCUAGAUGGGCAUGCUAGUCAUAAAGACUUAGAUGUCAUUGAGUUUGCCAGAAAAAAUAAUAUUCAUAUGUUAAGCACCCCACCUCACACGACCCACAAGUUACAGCCACUGGAUCGUACGUUCAUGAAGCCAUUUAAAUCUGCGUACAAUGAUGCAUGUGACUUGUGGAUGAGGGCAAACCCUGCUAUUAGGAUCAGUGAAUACGAGAUUGCAGGGUUUGUUGCUAUUGCUUUUAAUCGAGUUUCGCGAAUGGAUAUCGCGGUUAAUGGCUUCCACUGCACUGGCAUACACCCCUUUGAUAGAAAUAUCUUCAGUGAUUUAGAUUUCAUUGGUUCCGACAUGACGAAUGUUACAGAAAGUCAAUCAGCAACAGAAUCAUCGCUCUCACAUUCUCAACUAACCGAACCGACACCUUCAACAUCUGCUUGUUCAAAUCUGUCAAAUUCUAUUUCUACACAGCGAGAACUUACAUCCAUUUCCUCUCGACAACUUGGAUCUCAAACUCCAACUUCUAAUUUAUUAGCUGACAUUACAACUUCUAUACAAUCCGAGACUCAAACUACUCCUACUCACGCCGAAUCUGAAAUUUUAUCUAUUCAACAAGUAGAAACUCAAACAGAAGUUAUUGCUGAUAAAUCCAGAGAAAAUUUUAAAGCUGCACUUACAGAACUGUCACCGGUUCCUGAUGCUUCCAAAAGAAGAACUACUGUAAGACGUCGUAAAGCUGAAAGAAGUGAAAUUAUAACAAGUUCUCCAUACAAAAGGAUGCUGGAAGAGAAAAGGGCAGAUAAAAGGAAUGUCGAACAACUUAAAAAGAAAGUUAAUGUUUCAGAAAAAGAUGUUAUUAAAAAGGGAAAAGCUUGCUGUCAGGAAGAGAUGUCAGUAAGAAAACAAAAACAAAUAAAAACGAAAACCUACCUCCUCCUCGUAGAUCGAUUGAAGAAACAGUUUGUCCUUUGUGUGCCGAAUCUCACGAAGAGGAUUGGAUACAAUGUGGAAACUGCAAGAUUUGGGUCCACGAGGCUUGUGCAAACGUAUCAGAGCUAUCUGAUCAGUAUAUUUGCGAUUAUUGUAUUGUAUAAAUGGUUACUUAAUCACUGGCCGGUACUGGAGGCCAAUUUUUUUGAGUCUGAUUUUUUCUAG